AUGGGUAAAAACAAGCCUAGAGGUUUGCAAGCUGCCCGCAAAUUACGAACAACUCGACGAGAAAAUCGUUGGGCAGACAAACAAUAUAAAAGACGAGCUCUAGGUACCGCUUUCAAGCAUCAACCUCUUGGUGGUGCUUCAAUGGCAAAGGGUAUCGUCCUGGAAAAGAUUGGUGUCGAAGCAAAACAACCAAACUCGGCCAUUCGUAAAUGUGUGAGGGUACAGCUCAUCAAGAAUGGUAAAAAGGUCACUGCUUUCGUACCCCAGGAUGGUUGUCUGAACUUUAUUGAAGAGAACGAUGAAGUUCUCAUUUCUGGAUUCGGUCGAAAGGGUCGUGCCGUCGGUGAUAUUCCCGGUGUUCGUUUCAAGGUCGUCAAAGUAUCGAGUGUCUCAUUGUUAGCAUUGUACAAGGAGAAGAAGGAGAAGCCGAGAUCAUAA